AUGUCUACCCCACCUGUUUCCUUCACCCGUCUCAAGCAGAUCGCCACCGAUGUCUGCACAAGUGCGAUAGGCAGCGCCGAGUUCUACGAUCACGCCAAGACGGAGCAAUGGAACUCAACCAUCAUUAACUCGAUGCUCAAGGCCGUCAUCUCCGAAGCCACGCCUCAGGGGGCAUCCACCCCUUCCUACAAGUUCGCCUGCAACAGCACCAUUGUCCAGCACCUCGUGCCCACGUCCUCUCUCAACAAGGCCCGCGGCGGGACCGAGACCAGAGACGAGAAGCCUCACAUCUCGACGAGCACCGAGGCUACUGCUACCGAUGGAAAGCCCCAUGUCGGCAGACGCGGCAUGCACAGUGCCACUGGUGCCUAUUGGGAUGAGAAGAAGGAUGGCAUGUGGACGUUCAAGUAUGAUGGCGGUGAGAGCAAGGGCAUGGACGUUGUCAUUAUGCUCAUCUGGAUUGGUAUUUGA